AUGCGGUUUCUUCGAUAUGUGCUGCAAUUCUACUCCAAGGUCUACUCGGUCAAUUGCAACCAGAUGAUGAUGAUCAAGUCCAACGGCGGCAGCGGCACGGCUGAGAAUGUCAAGUUCGACAAUUUCAUCGGGCACAACAAUGCCUACUCCCUGAAUAUCGACCAAGCUUGGGCAUCCAUGACCCCAGCUUCAGGCAGCGGCAUCCAUCUGAAGGACAUCACCGUCUCAAACUGGAAAGGAGACUGCGCCAACAGGGUGCAGCGAGGCCUAAUUCAGUUCAAGUGUGCUGCCGGCGCGCCGUGCACCGGCAUGACUGUCAAGGAUUUCUCUGUGUGGACUAACGCCGGCUCGCAAGUCAACUACGUCUGCAACAAUACUUACGGAACGGGGUCAUGCUUGCGAGUAGGCUCCGGGGGGACUUACUCGACCACGAGCAAAAUCACGACAGCGCCGGCCGGCUGGCAGGCUCCACGGCUGCCGACCGACCUCAAAUCGAGCUUUGGGUUUACUUCCGAGAUCCCUAUCCCAGCUAUCCCAUUGAGCUUUUUCCCAGGUACUUCUCCAUCGAGGCGUCUCGCCUAA